UACGAGAAUGGCGUGUGUCGAGGAGGACGCUGUGCUGGAUCUCACCAGCUCGCAGCUGCACGAUCUUUCGGAUGUCAACCUCCCGCCCGGCCUUGUGGAGCUGGAUUUGACGGCGAAUCGUCUCUCCUUCCUCGAUCAGCGAAUGCAACACCUCUCGCGCCUGAAGAAGCUCAGCUUGCGCCAAAAUCUUCUCGCGGACGAUGCUGUGCAGGCGCUCGGCGAGUGGCCCUCACUGUUUGGACUCCAAGAGCUAGUUUUGCGAGACAACAAGCUCACUAGACUUCCACCAGUUGGAGGGCUGUCGGAGCUCGUUGUGUUUGACGUCUCGUUCAACGAGCUCACAUCGCUGGAUGGCAUGAACAAAGUUUGCUCGAAGCUGCGAGAGCUUUAUCUGUCCAAGAACGAGAUCGUCAAGAUGGAGCAGCUUGAACAUAUGCAGGAGCUCCGCUUGCUCGAGCUAGGCUCCAAUAGGAUCCGGGUGCUGGAAGGAAUUGAGAAUAUGAAGCGACUGGAGGAGCUCUGGCUAGGCCGAAAUCGCAUCAGGACUGUCAACCUUUGUGGCUUGACAUCGAUUGUCAAGCUUAGCUUGCAAAACAACCGGCUGACAUCAAUGCUCGGUUUCGAGGAAUGCUUGGCGUUGGAAGAACUAUACUUGAGCCACAAUGGCAUAUCCAAAAUGGAGGGACUUGCCACACUCGUCAAUCUUCGAGUGCUGGAUGUCUCUUCGAACAGGCUGACGUCUAUCGCGGACGUCGAGAACCUUGAAAAGCUCGAGGACUUGUGGUUGAAUGACAACAACAUUCCUUCUCUCGAUGGCAUCGAAACAAUCCUCUCUGGUCCACGACAAUCGUUAUCCACAAUCUAUCUGGAGCGCAAUCCAUGCGCGUCUGAUUCCUCGUACGUGAACAAGCUUAUUGCAGCUCUUCCCAAGCUUGGGCAGAUCGAUUCGCGCGUUCUUUAGAAACCUUCCAACAGUCGACAAGCACCAGACGGAAAAAAAGAUCUGAAAUUUAUAAGAGAAUGCCUCUCACACUUCUCGCACCAAAACAACAAGUUAUUUCUACGUUCCUCUACAUCAAAAGCCAGGAAGCCGCCAGCACCUCGAUGAAAGCAACGCCGCUGGUGAAAGAAUGCCGCAGAGAGACGCCCGAGGUGCUGUUGCUCUUCCGGUUCGACGGAUUGGCCGUGUUAUUCGGAGACCGGGUACCUGGAGGCAGAGCUUCGGGUGCUGGAGAGGCUUGCUCAGCUCCAAACGGUGGUGACGCCUCUGGCCCAGCAGCAGUGACAAGGCUAGAGUUGUAGGCGAGGACCCUGUCGAUGCCAUGGCAGGCUAUGAACCUGGUGGAGGAGCAGACGUCGGGAUGGGUGAUAUUGACUUCGUUGAGGGUGAAGUUGCCGGGGGAAUUGGAGGUGACCGUGAUCAUCUCUCCUUGGAGCAUGGUUGGGAGCUCAGCACCGACAUCGUUCCUGGACAGCGCUUCGAAAGAAGUGGGGAAAGUGAGGACGUGAUACUGGAGGGUGUUGAUGAUAUCUUCCUGGGACAAGUUGGCAUCGACACCGGCGAUGGCGUUGUUGCUGGGGAUGAGAAGGGUGGACCUUAUGGGAAUCAAGGUCUGCAGGGACUGGGCUACCGCUGCCGCGACGGUGAAGCCUUGGCCGAUCAUGUUGCUUACCAGUGGCUGGACGUCCGACGAAGGCAGGAUUCCAUCGUCCGUGUCGUCCUGGGCAGCAGCGCGCUCCAAGCCGGAGCUCACGAUCGUCACGACACCGACGAACAGGAGCACGAGAAGCGUCCGGGACUCCAUCGCUCGCUCGGCUCGUGAACUUGGAUGAACUGGGAUGUGAUGAUCUUUCAGUUGCGAUAGCAGUGGCUUAUAAGAUCGACCAGUUCGACGCAUGCAUGCAUGCAAAGCUCCAUCUGAGCAGUGAAGGGAUGAGCACUCAAGCAACUCGAAGUUCUAUGGUUGAUACGAAAUACAAGUGUCUGUUUGAUGA